GCCACCUUUAACUGGGACUCUAACCCUAGAGGUAGUAGUUGAUGAUGAGAAUGAUAACAGACCCCAUUUUCAUGAGGAUGUCUACAACACCAUCAUUACAGAGGAUAGCCCGGCAGGCACUGUGUUUGCCAUCAUCACUGCGACGGAUCUAGAUCAAGGUGUCAAUGGAGAACUAUGGUACUCCAUCGUCGGGCCAGAUUCACCCUUCUCCAUUGGAGGAACGUCUGGAGAGCUGUCCACCACUGAUGUUCUGGACCGAGAGACAGUUGCCAUCUACAACUUGAUGGUCAUCUGCAGCGAUAAGCAUUCUACCAAUCCUUUGUCCAGCUCAGUGCUUGUAAACGUACUUGUUGGGGAUGUGAAUGAUCACUGGCCCCAGUUCCAAAACAGUCCUUAUGUGGCCCAUGUACCUACUGCCAUGGAUCCAGGUGAGACCAUGAACGUGUCCAAAUUCAUGUUAAUGAAGGAUUUAUUGGAUUGUUUGUUGGAUUGUAUUUAUGAAAUUAGAUAUAAAUUUGGCUGUUUUUACUGUUUUUCACUGUUCCACUUAAUUGUAUCUUUCAGAAUCUGUGGUUUGUACGGUGAGAGCAACUGAUGGGGACACUGAGAUGAACGCAGAACUCAAGUUUUCUUUAUAUGGACCAAACGUUGAUGUGGUUACAAUCGACCCACGCAGCGGGACUGUGUUCACGUCAGGUUUUCUCACAGGAAGGGAGGGCCUAACGAUAGAUGUACAUGUCGAAGAUAGUGGAGAAGUUCCGCAUUUUGACAUCACCACUAUCAGUGUAAUAUUUCACAAUGGCUCAGAAUUUCCAAUGGUUAAUGUUGACAUUCUUAGAAAAUUCAUUUUUGAGGAUGCACCAGUUGGAACCCUGGUGGCGAUUGUCAAUGCAACAAGUCCAAGGCCAGAGCCGUUUUACUUUUACCUUGCCUCUGGAGACACCGAAGAGAUUUUUCAAUUGGACGAGUCAAGCGGUGAGUUAACAGUACAGAACCCAUUGGAUUAUGAAAACAAGAAGGGUUUUACCUUGUUGGUAGAAGCGAGAGACUCUGGAUCCCCACCAUUCUCGUCUUUUGCAGAGUUCCACGUAAACAUCAGUGAUGUGAACGAUAACUUCCCACAGUUCAUGCAAAGUGAGUUCCGCUGUGACAUCUUUGAGAAUUUGCAGCCAAUGUGGGUUUGCGAUGUUCUUGCCAUUGAUGCUGACACUGGAAGUUAUGGUAUGGUGCACCACAGCAUUGUGGAGGGAAACCCUGACAGCCAUUUCAUCAUUGAUUCUGAGACUGGUGAACUGAGUACCACCAUAAGUUUAGAUCGAGAGGUGAUUGCAGAUUACAAUUUGACGGUUGAGGCAAUAGACCAAGAUAACCCUCUUCACAGCGCCAGCGCAACUGUGAUUGUCGUUGUUUUAGACAGAAACGACCACCCACCUCGAUUUUCCCAGAUUUUUAGGACAGAAAUACCAGAGGACGCUCCCAUUGGACAACCGGUUGUACAAGUUAUCUCAGCUGAUGAUGACAUUGAUGAAAAUAGGGAGAUUACUUUCUCAAUAAUCCAACAUAAUGACAUCCCUUUCAUUAUUGAUAACAACUAUGGCCUCAUAACUGUCAUUGGGCUCCUUGACAGAGAGAAACAGGACCAUUAUAUAGUGCGAGUUAAUGCAAAUGAUUCUGCAUGGAGCAUAAGUACUGAUGUCACUAUAGUCAUAUUAGACGUCAAUGACAACAAACCGGUGUUUUCACAUACCGCCCCCACUGUAAUCUUACCAGAAACAAAAGCUCAAGAGGAGUUUGUGUUUCGAGUUAUGGCAAUAGAUGCAGAUACAGGGAAAAACAGUGAGGUUGUGUAUACAAUUGAACCCCCAGUUGACCACUUCUGGGUCAAUGCAACUUCAGGGGAAAUUUAUACAAACCAACUAAUGGCUUUACAUCAUUCUCCCUUUGAGGUUUUUAAUUUCACAGUUUUUGCAUACGAUUGCGGAAUAACGUCAUUAUUUGCUAGCACCACUGUAACAGUAAGAUUAGUUCCGUAUAACUACCAUCCACCCAUCUUCCUGCUUUCACCCUCAAAAGUGUCCAUACCCUUUGACAUGCCAAUAGGAACUGAGGUGUUUCAGUUUUCAGCAGUAGAUAACGAUUCUGAUGAGAUUGAGUAUGCUUUAAAGAAUGGAAAGGCCUCAGAUAUGUUUUGGAUUCAGGCAGAUUUUGGAAAAAUAACACUAAAUGGAAGUCUGAGGGAACAUCUUGGUGAAGUUUGGACAUUGUCAGUUACUGCCAAAGAUAGCGGACACCCUCCUUUGACCUCACAGGUUGAAAUCACUAUUGAAAUUAUUGCAAGGAAUCACUUCUCACCAAGCUUUGCAGAACCAGUUGCUAUAUUUUCCAUACCUGAGGAUUUACACGUAGGUUCAUUUAUCGGAAAAAUACAGGCAGAGGAUGAGGAUUCAGGUGCCAAUGGUGUGAUCACAUAUUCCAUUAGACAAGAUCUUGAAUAUUUACCAUUCUCCCUGGGGAAAAGUUCGGCUUUGCUAUCACUGAUCCGAGAGCUGGACUUUGAGAAGCAACGGCUGUAUCAUUUUCAAAUAGAAGCUGUUGAUGGAGGUUGGUCAUCAAAGAUAGGGAUGACAAACAUUACUGUGAAUAUUGUUGAUGUGAAUGACAAUCCUCCAGCAUUUGGAGCAUUGGAGUACAUUGCCUCAGUACCAGAAAACUCUGGGAUUGGAACGAUUGUCUUCAUUGCAAAGGCCACGGAUCCUGACUCAACAACAAAUGCACAGAUAACCUACAGUCUAAUCUCUGGGGAUGUGGAGAGGUUCUCAGUUGAUUCAGUAAAUGGCACCAUCACCUCUGCAGACGUCUUUGAUUAUGAACAGGAGCAGAUCUUUGAUGUCAUGGUCAAAGCAUCCAACAUGGGAGCACACGCUUUGUUCAGUGUGGCGCAUGUGUUCAUCAACAUCCUUGAUAUCAACGAGUUUAUCCCGACAUUCAGAACCAAAGAAUAUGACUUUUCGGUAUUUACACAUGAUCCUAUAGGAACUAGAGUAGGACAAGUCACAGCAACCGAUUUAGAUCAAGGCCCAGAGGGUGAGGUUUUCUAUUUAUUGUUAGGCCUAAACCAAAACCUGGGAUUUGAGAUCGACCGACAUUCUGGAGAAAUAUAUACCACUGGCAGUUUGAGGAUGCAUGGAAACAGCCCUGCAGCUCUAACAGUUUUGGCAAAGAACCGGGGCAUUAUCAGCGGCACCAAUGUAGACGAAUGUUCAGUCCGGAUCAGCAUCAUAGAAAUUAAUAAUGCACCUGAGUUCACUCCCACUAUCUACUUGAUCAAUGUCAGGGAAAACAUUGCCAUUGGUACAUCAAUAGUUAGAGUGAGUGCCGUGGAUCAGGACUCAAUCUGGUACUGGAGCCAGUUCUUCUUUAGCAUUGAGCAUGGCAACAUAAACACAGCUUUUGCCAUUCAUCCCCUCAGCGGUGUUAUUUCAGUUCACUCACCGCUAGAUAGGGAACAGUGGGCUCAUUAUAAUCUCUCUGUCACAGCCACCGAUAAGGGCACCCCUCCUGCCACUGGGACCGCUAAUGUCCUUGUGACUGUUGAUGACAUCAAUGACCACGCCCCAAGACUGGGGGUCACCCAGGCUCAGGUGAAAGAAAAUCAGCCUCAGGGCACCAUAGUGGCAAGGUUAAAUGCAUCUGAUUUGGAUUUGCCACCAAAUCAAGGGCCUUUCACCUUUUGGGUUGUGAAGCCUAUGAUGGGGAGUGCAUUUUCUCUAACAGCCGAUGGAGUUUUAUUUACCACAAGGUCUCUGGAUCGUGAAGUCUACUCUGUUUAUCAUGUAGCUGUGGCUGUAAGGGAUGCCGGGACCCCCCCUCUGACAUCAACCACAGUGUUUCACAUCAGUGUUCUGGAUGAAAAUGACAACCCUUACAUGCAGCGGAGUAUUCAUAUCGAAGUUAAGUAUUACGGCAGUUCUUUCCAAGGAGGUAGGAUUGGUCAUGUCAAUCUACAGGGCGAUGACGUGGCCCAUACCUCUAACUGCAGCAUUAAAACCGGGCGUUCUAAUAUGUUCGACAUCCCAUAUGGCACGUGUGAACUAUGGUCUGCUCCCUUUCAAGGGGAGGCAACCUAUAACAUCACCAUCGAAGCAACAGACCUGUUUCACUUCCCGGUCAACCACAGUGUCUAUGUGAACUACAAAGGGUUUACAAAUGCUUCCAUGGAUAGUUGUAUACUCUUCUAUGUGUCAUCCUCUUCGAUACAUGAGUUCUUAACUCACAAGUAUUUGACGUUUGUGAAAGCUCUAGAUAGUCUUUUUAACCUACAAGCAUCCAAGACCCACGUGUUUGGAAUCAAGGUGCUCGAGACCGAAAUCCUUUUGUUGGCCGCUGUCAAGAGCUACAACGGUCAGUACCUCAGCCGUGAGCUGGCUAGUGGUAUUUCAACAGGCCACAGGAAGGUGCUAGAGGCUCAAACCAAUGUCACAAUAUCUCACAUCACCAGUGAUCCUUGUCUGACUGUCCCAUGUCAAAAUGGCGCUACAUGCGGCAAAAACAUUCACAUCGGUCCAAAAGUUGCUGUGCUCGAAAGCUCUACAGUAAUUUUUGCGUCACCACAGAUGGAAAUAUUUAACUGCACCUGUUUGCCUGGCUUCACUGGGACGCUGUGUGAGGCAGACAUUGAUGAAUGUGAAAGCAAUCCCUGUAGAAAUGAAGGCACCUGUGUGAACAACCAUGGGGGAUUCUAUUGCCACUGCCAGAACGGAUUCUUCGGGACAUUCUGUACCACUGAUUUUGAUGAAUGCCCCACGCAGAAGUGCCAAAAUGGAGGCAGCUGUGUUAAAGCUCAAGAUGGCUUCCACUGCCUUUGUGAUGCUGGAUAUAAAGGUAUUUAAUAUGUAUAUUGUUGAGAUAUAUUUAUUUCUUUAGCAUAAAAAAAAAUACUAUGUGAGAACUUAGCUUUGUUAAUCUAUUUACAGGGGACGCUUGCGAGCAGUUGGUUGACCACUGUGAAUCAGGCCCCUGUAUC